AAGCAAGCGCACCUUAUGUAACACUUUUCUGCUGUCGAUGGAGUAGUCCGCUCCUCAUGCUGGGACCGACGGUGACAGAGCUCCACACCGCCUCAGGAACUCGUUGUCGGUGUAUCUGUGUUCUGAGCUGGAAUCUCCGGGUCAGCGACAGAAAGCAGUAUGUUUGGAGCUGUGGUGGUUGGAAUUGGCACAGCAGGUUGGGUGAGGAUAAGAGACAUGUUAGCUCCAGAGCCUGGCAGUCAUGCAGAGCAGCUCAGUGUCAGAGGAUUCAUAUCCAGGAGAAGUCUGGACUCUCAGCAGGGAGUAGAUCAGAUCACAUUGGAAGAGGCUCUGAGCAGAGAAGACAUUCAUGCGGCGUUCGUCUGCACUGAGAAUGUAGCUCAUGAGGACAUUGUCAGAAUCUUCCUGCAGGCAGGGAAACAUGUCUGUGUUGAGUAUCCCAUGACCCUGAACUACAAGGCUGCUGUGGAUUUGUGGGACUUAGCUCUGGAAAAAGGAGUGGUUCUCCAUGAGGAGCACAUAGAGCUGCAGACAGAAGAGUACAAAGUACUGAAGAGAGAAGUAGAGGGGAAAGUCCUGAAGGAGGGCACGCUUCAUUUCACAGGCGGAUCUCUGAAGCCUGGAUUUGGUUUUCCAGGCUUCAGCGGCAUUGCUCGCCUCACCUGGUUGGUUGAUUUGUUUGGUGAGUUGUCGGUGACUGCAGCAACCAUGGAGGAAGACUUUAGUAACUGCAUCAAGAUGACUGCAAAGUUGGUGACUUGUGAAAACCGACCUCUGACGUGGAUUGAGGAGCGGGGACCAGGCCUUCCGAGGGCCAAGAACAUCAACUUUCAGUUUAACUCCUGCACUCUAACCCAAACCCCCCCUGCACGCAGAGGGUCUGUGGGCCUCUUCAUGCAGGACCUGAUCCACUUUUCUGCCAAGCUGGCGGGCCAAGUGAGUCCUGAGGAGAUCCAGAGAGAGAAAGUCCGAAUCCUACACUGCUUGGAGCUGGCAGAGAAGAUUCAACAACUUUGUCAAAGUUAAAUUAGGACUAUCAAGUUUAUGAUAAGCAUAAAUCUUGAAAUCUAAAAAAAAAAGAUUAAGUUUCCCUAGAUCAUCACACGUGAGAUAAUUAGUUCAAAAACAUGGAUGCCUUAUUGCAGAAUACUGGGACUAGAAACACAGUAUCUUGUAGAGCAGGUCUACAGCCUCAUCUACACUCACUCUAUCAUCUAAACCCCACUUAUUACCCCCCCCCCUCAGAUAUAUUGCCUUUUGUUUCAUGUUUUUCUGUUCUUUUCAGUAAAUAUUGCUUGUACACUAUAAAAUCACAACUAAACAAUAAACGACACUCACUGACUUA